CCGGGAGCGCGUCUGAGGAAGCUGCGAAGAGGUGCAGCAGCGGCAGCAGCCUUAGCGGCGGCAGCAACCCCGGCUACAGCAGCCUAAGCAGCCUUAGCAUCAGUAGGCAGCAUAGCCCGCGCAGUGUCAGUGCUUGGGAAGACUCCAGUCCUGACCCUUUUCCCUCUUGCUCAAGGACUGAGAGUGCUGAGCUGCUUUUAGUCCUAUUGCUACUGCUGCUACUCUGGCUUCUGGUUUAUUGUUUUGAGCUCCUGAGAGGAGGUGUGGGAGGGAAAAAAUAAAAAGAGGAGAAAUAGAGAGGGACAACAGAAUCUUCCUUUAGCCAUGUGGAUACCUACAGAGCACGAGAAAUACGGCGUAGUCAUUGCCAGUUUUCGAGGAACAGUCCCAUAUGGCCUAUCAUUGGAAAUUGGAGACACUGUUCAGAUCCUGGAGAAAUGUGAUGGCUGGUACAGAGGAUUUGCCUUAAAAAACCCAAAUAUCAAGGGUAUAUUUCCUUCCAGCUACAUUCACUUGAAAAAUGCAUGUGUUAAGAACAAAGGGCAGUUUGAAAUGGUAAUUCCAACAGAGGACUCCGUUAUCACAGAAAUGACAUCAACUUUAAGAGACUGGGGAACCAUGUGGAAGCAACUUUAUGUGAGAAAUGAAGGUGAUCUCUUCCACCGACUUUGGCAUAUAAUGAAUGAAAUCCUGGACCUAAGACGUCAAGUAUUAGUUGGCCAUCUCACCCAUGACCGUAUGAAAGAUGUGAAGCGGCAUAUCACUGCUCGCCUGGACUGGGGCAAUGAACAACUUGGAUUAGAUUUGGUGCCUCGAAAGGAAUAUGCAAUGGUGGACCCUGAGGAUAUUAGCAUCACGGAACUCUACAGAUUGAUGGAGCACCGACACAGGAAGAAAGACACUCCUGUACAGGCGAGCAGCCACCACCUCUUCGUACAGAUGAAGAGUUUGAUGUGCUCCAAUUUGGGUGAAGAGCUGGAAGUCAUCUUCUCACUUUUUGAUAGCAAAGAGAAUCGACCAAUCAGUGAGAGGUUUUUUUUGAGACUAAAUAGAAAUGGUCUGCCAAAGUCCCCAGAGAAGCCUGAAAGACAUUGUUCUCUCUUUGUGGAUCUGGGUAGCAGUGAGCUCAGAAAGGACAUCUAUAUCACUGUGCACAUCAUCCGAAUAGGUCGAAUGGGGGCUGGUGAGAAGAAGAACGCGUGCAGUGUACAGUACCGGCGGCCCUUUGGCUGUGCAGUCCUCAGUAUUGCGGACCUGCUGACUGGAGAGACCAAGGAUGACCUCAUCUUGAAAGUGUACAUGUGCAACACAGAGAGUGAAUGGUAUCAAAUCCAUGAAAAUAUCAUCAAGAAACUUAAUGCCCGCUAUAAUUUGACAGGCUCCAAUGCAGGAUUAGCUGUUUCUCUUCAACUCCUGCAUGGAGAUAUUGAACAAAUCAGAAGAGAAUACUCAUCAGUAUUUACUCAUGGGGUGUCCAUUACAAGGAAGCUGGGAUUUUCCAAUAUUAUUAUGCCUGCAAAAGAGAAAGGUGAGAAAAAAUUGUUUGGCUUCUCUUUUGUUCCUCUGAUGCAAGAAGAUGGUAGGACCCUUCCAGAUGGCACACAUGAGCUCAUCGUACAUAAGUGUGAAGAAAAUACAAACCUUCAGGAUUCUAGUCGCUACCUCAGACUUCCCUUUUCCAAGGCCAGUCUCCUUGGAACCAAUAAUCAAGCAAUAAAGGCCACUAAAGAGUCCUUUUGGAUCACAUCUUUCCUCUGUUCCACUAAACUCACACAGAACGGAGAUAUGCUUGAUCUUCUAAAAUGGAGAACUCAUCCAGACAAGAUAACAGGCUGCCUCUCCAAAAUAAAAGAAAUUGAUGGCUCAGAGAUAGUAAAGUUUCUGCAAGAUACCCUGGACACCUUAUUUGGAAUUUUAGAUGAAAAUUCUCAAAAAUAUGGGUCAAAGGUGUUUGAUUCUUUGGUUCACAUAAUAAACUUGCUGCAAGAUAGCAAAUUUCAUCAUUUCAAACCCGUAAUGGACACUUACAUUGAAAGUCAUUUUGCUGGGGCACUUGCAUAUAGAGAUCUUAUAAAAGUUCUCAAGUGGUAUGUGGACAGAAUAACAGAAGCAGAGAGACAGGAACAUAUCCAGGAAGUUCUAAAGGCACAGGAAUAUAUUUUUAAGUAUAUCGUUCAAUCUCGAAGGUUGUUUUCUCUUGCCACUGGUGGACAAAAUGAAGAAGAAUUUCGCUGCUGCAUUCAGGAGCUCCUCAUGUCAGUACGAUUCUUCCUUUCCCAGGAAAGCAAAGGGUCUGGAGCUUUGUCUCAGUCACAGGCUGUGUUCCUGAGCUCCUUCCCAGCAGUGUAUUCUGAGCUGUUGAAACUCUUUGAUGUUCGUGAGGUAGCAAACUUAGUGCAUGAUACUCUGGGCAGUCUGCCAACAAUCAUGCAUGUGGAUGACUCGCUUCAAGCUGUGAAGCUUCAGUGUAUUGGAAAAACAGUGGAAAGCCAGCUAUAUACUAACCCCGAUUCUCGAUACAUACUUCUGCCUGUUGUUCUGCAUCACCUCCAUAUGCAUUUACAAGAGCAAAAGGACCUCAUCAUGUGUGCUCGCAUUCUUAGCAACAUAUUCUGUCUCAUCAAGAAAAAUAGCUCAGAAAAAUCUGUUCUGGAAGAAAUAGAUGUGAUUGUGACCAGCUUGCUGGACAUCCUUCUGAGAACCAUAUUAGAAAUCACUAGUCGCCCUCAGCCAUCCGGCUCUGCAAUGAGGCUUCAAUUUCAAGAUGUGACGGGGGAGUUUGUUGCCUGCCUCCUGUCCCUGUUACGACAGAUGACAGACAGACAUUAUCAACAACUUCUUGAUGGCUUCGGCACAAAGGAAGAACUAAGGGAUUUCCUGCUGCAAAUUUUUACUGUAUUUCGAAUACUGAUACGGCCUGAAAUGUUUCCAAAAGACUGGACUGUCAUGCGCUUGGUUGCUAACAAUGUCAUCAUUACAACAGUUUUGUACCUCUCAGAUGCCCUUCGUAAGAAUUUCUUAAAUGAAAACUUUGAUUAUAAGAUCUGGGAUUCCUACUUUUACCUCGCUGUCAUUUUCAUAAACCAGUUGUGUCUGCAGUUGGAGAUGUUCACACCUUCCAAAAAGAAAAAAGUUCUGGAAAAAUAUGGUGAUAUGCGGGUAACAAUGGGUUGUGAAAUCUUCAGCAUGUGGCAGAAUUUAGGAGAACACAAGCUUCAUUUCAUUCCUGCACUGAUUGGCCCUUUCUUAGAAGUAACCUUGAUACCUCAGCCAGACCUCCGGAAUGUAAUGAUUCCUAUUUUCCAUGAUAUGAUGGACUGGGAGCAAAGGCGUAGUGGCAACUUUAAACAGGUGGAGGCCAAACUGAUUGACAAAUUGGAUAGCUUGAUGUCAGAAGGCAAAGGUGAUGAAACUUACCGUGAGCUCUUCAACAGCAUUCUACUGAAGAAAAUUGAACGGGAAACAUGGAGGGAGAGUGGCGUAUCAUUGAUCGCCACUGUAACCCGUCUAAUGGAGAGGUUAUUAGACUACAGGGACUGCAUGAAAAUGGGAGAAGUGGAUGGCAAAAAGAUUGGCUGUACAGUUAGCCUAUUGAACUUUUACAAAACUGAGUUGAACAAAGAAGAGAUGUAUAUACGCUACAUUCAUAAACUCUACGAUCUGCAUCUGAAAGCACAAAAUUUCACAGAAGCUGCUUAUACUCUCCUCUUAUACGAUGAGUUACUGGAAUGGUCUGAUCGGCCCCUCAGGGAAUUUUUAACCUACCCCAUGCAAACAGAGUGGCAACGCAAGGAAUACCUUCACCUCACCAUCAUUCAGAACUUUGACAGAGGCAAAUGUUGGGAGAAUGGCAUUAUCCUGUGCCGGAAGAUUGCAGAGCAGUAUGAAAGCUAUUAUGACUACAGAAACCUGAGCAAGAUGCGGAUGAUGGAAGCCUCUUUAUAUGACAAGAUCAUGGACCAACAACGUCUUGAACCAGAGUUUUUUAGAGUUGGAUUUUAUGGGAAAAAAUUUCCAUUUUUCUUGAGAAACAAAGAAUUUGUUUGCCGAGGGCAUGACUAUGAAAGGCUGGAAGCUUUCCAGCAACGGAUGCUGAAUGAGUUCCCACAUGCCAUUGCUAUGCAACAUGCCAAUCAGCCUGAUGAGACCAUCUUUCAGGCAGAAGCACAGUAUCUGCAGAUCUAUGCUGUGACUCCCAUCCCUGAGAGCCAGGAGGUCCUGCAGAGAGAAGGCAUCCCAGACAACAUCAAAAGCUUCUAUAAAGUGAAUCAUAUUUGGAGAUUUCGCUAUGAUAGGCCAUUCCACAAAGGAACUAAAGAUAAGGAGAAUGAAUUCAAGAGUCUCUGGGUGGAGAGAACUUCACUGAUUUUGGUACAGAGUUUGCCUGGAAUUUCUCGCUGGUUUGAGGUGGAAAAGCGUGAAGUGGUGGAAAUGAGUCCUCUGGAAAAUGCAAUUGAAGUGUUGGAAAAUAAGAACCAGCAGCUGAAGACUCUGAUUAGCCAGUGUCAAACUCGGCAGAUGCAAAAUAUUAACCCGCUCACAAUGUGUCUGAAUGGUGUCAUAGAUGCAGCAGUUAAUGGUGGAGUUUCCAGGUACCAAGAGGCAUUCUUUGUGAAAGAAUACAUUUUAAACCACCCAGAAGAUGGGGAGAAAAUCGCACGCUUGAGAGAGCUGAUGCUUGAGCAGGCACAGAUUCUGGAAUUUGGUUUAGCCGUGCAUGAGAAGUUUGUACCUCAAGAUAUGAGGCCUCUGCAUAAAAAGCUAGUUGAUCAGUUCUUUGUGAUGAAGUCAAGCUUGGGCAUACAGGAUUUCUCUGCAUGUAUUCAAGCCAGUCCUGUCCAUUUCCCUAAUGGAAGUCCUCGGGUCUGUAGAAACUCAGCACCUGCUUCUAUGAGUCCAGAUGGUGCAAGAGUAAUUCCUAGGCGUAGCCCAUUAAGUUACCCAGCUGUCAACCGAUACUCUUCCUCUUCACUGUCCUCACAAGCCUCUGCCGAAGUAAGCAAUAUCACAGGGCAAUCAGAAAGCUCUGAUGAAGUCUUUAACAUGCAGCCAAGUCCAUCUACCUCAAGCUUGAGUUCUACUCAUUCUGCUUCACCUAACGUGACCAGCUCAGCCCCAUCCAGUGCCAGAGCCUCCCCUCUCCUGUCUGACAAACACAAACAUUCCAGAGAAAACUCUUGCUUGUCUCCUAGAGAGAGACCAUGCAGUGCCAUCUAUCCUACUCCCACGGAGCCUUCACAGAGGAUGCUGUUUAAUCAUAUUGGAGAUGGUCCUUUCCCAAGAAGUGACCCUAAUCUUUCAGCACCUGAUAAAGCUGUGAAUCCCACCCCUAGCAGCUGGAGCCUGGACAGUGGGAAAGAAGCCAAGAACAUAUUGGAUAGUGGGAAACUUUUAUCUCCCCCUGUCCCUCCAAGACCCACACAGACUGCUUCACCAGCAAGACAUGGGACAUCAGUUUCUCCCUCUCCUGCUGGGCGAUCUCCGAUGAAGGGUUCCAUGCAAUCAUUUACCCCAUCUCCAGUGGAGUAUCACUCUUCAGGAUUGAUAUCCAACUCGCCGGUCUUGUCAGGAAGUUAUAGCAGUGGGAUCUCGUCUUUGAGCCGGUGUAGCACCUCUGAAACUUCAGGCUUUGAAAAUCCAGCGAAUGAACAGACAGGCAGCAUGUCGACCUACAGUGUGCCUGAAGAGCCAGUGAGGAAGGAAAGUAAAACACCGCCUCCUUACAGCGUUUAUGAACGGACUUUGAGGCGCCCUGCUCCGCUACCUCACAGCCUUUCCAUCCCCGUUACUUUGGAGCCUCCCGCCUUGCCACCCAAACCUCUGUUGGCCCGAUCAACCAACCUAGAGAAUGGCAGCAGGAGGACCGAACAAGUCCCUCGGCCCAGACCCCUUCCUCGGAAGGUCUCUCAAUUAUAAGUCACUUUUCUAUUCCCUCGAAACAAAUUCUUUACCAUUUACAAAGUAAUAAAAGUAUGGUGAGAAGAAAUUUAGUGUAGGCACUUUAAUAUUUUACCCAGAUUUUUUCUUCAAAUAAAUGAAAUAAAACUUGCUUAUUAAUAUUAUGUUGCACAAUAUUAAAUAAAAUUACUGAUCUAGGCCAGAUAUUACAGGAAGUGUGGAUGAGAGAAUUGCAUUAAAACAUUCUAAUUUGAAAGUGGUAAAUAGUGAUAUAGACUUUUUUGUAUCUUUUUAUGUUUACUUUUUUACAUAGUCUAAUCUAAAAUCAACACAAUGCUGUCAUUUGUGUUAAAGUUGUAUACUUUUUACUGAAUACUUGAUACUACAAGAAAGCUUAUUUAAAUCAGUGCACAUUCUAACACAAUUGUCCUUAUUCUAGAAGACUUCCGUAAAUAGGGCUGAGGUUUUUACAAGCAGAAUGAAAAUCGUACAUCAUUGGAAAUCAGGUUGAAGGCCAGUUACUUAAAGUAUAUAUUGAAGGGGUUGCAAGCAUCAAGUUUGAGGAGUACCUUUGUUCUGGAGACAAAACACUCCUUUCAGACUGCUUUUGAAGUUUGACAGCUGUCUACAUAUGUAAAAUUAUACUUUGAGAAUUCAUUGAUAUCAAUUCUUCAGUGUUCUUGUCUCCACUGUAUCUCUUUCUUUUUAAGGUGCAAUUCACUUUCAGUAUUCCAACAGCUACCCUAAGCAAAAGGCUCUGUAGAAAUGUUUACUUGGAUUUUGUACCUGCUGAGUUCAGAAGGUUCUUACAUAAAAUUGGUCAUUGCAGAGGAACAAAUGUUCCCGUAUUAAAUAGGCACAAAUGAAUGUGUCCCAUUAACAAGGAUACAGGAAUUAAUGCUGGACAGUAUUAAAUCAAUACGUGUAAGUGAAGGGGUAAAAAAAAACAACCCUUCAAGAUUAUAGAUUAGUACAACUACAUGGCAUCAGAACUUGUAAAAGGCAGAGGCAUUAUUGCCUCUCAGUUCUUCACAAAACAAGAAAGUUCCUUCCAGGCUCUACUUUCUUAACAGUGGAGUUUCUCUCACUUAACUGAUGAUCCCUUUUGUCCUAUGGUUGGAGAGGAUACCUGUAGUCCAAUCCAGUUUGAAUUUCCCAACAUAGCAUCUGUAGAUCUAGCUAGUAAUGCUAAUGCCCCAGUUGUAGGAGUGUGGAAAAAGCACCUUGUAUGUAGUAUGUAUUUUGUAUCUUUGUUUUUUCUUUAACUGUUUAUAACACUCACUUGAUAAUAGAUGUAUGAACUGUAUUUAAAAAUCAUACUGUUAAAAUAUUUUCCCUCUUUUGUUGGGAAGCUCAUGUUGGUUUAACUGUGUUUGCUUUUGUCGAUAGUUUAAACUGGAAGGUGGUGACCACUUUUUUAUAUUCUCUCAAUGAAACCAUCCAGCAGGUAUACGCUGUUGAGGCUGGUUAUAGAGGUUUUCUAUAAUAAAUGUUCAAGUAUUUUUGUACAUAACUGGUUAAUUUUAAUAAGAGAUACCAUUAUGUGUAAAAAAAAAAUAAAAGCAAACAGUUGUGUAUGCAGUAUGAUUGUUAUAAUUAUGCCAAAUACUUUAUGUAUGAAAAAGAAUAUUUGUACAUAUGUGCUUUUAACAAUAAUUCUGCCAUAUUGACUUUACAAUUUUGAAUGUCAGAAAAAAAUUAAUAUAUGUUAAAAUAUUUAUGUUUAGUGAAAGUAUUCAUAAUUGAGAAAAGAAACAUAUGAAUUUGAGCUUUGUAUCUUGCAAGUUUUUGCAGUCUGAUAUUUCUUGAACUUGCUUUUGAUUAUAACAUUUUGUGUUUAUAAUCACAUCCUAAAUGAUGUGGGAGGUUCCCUAUUUCUGUUGGUAUAAAGAGGUAAAGCCGCCCAUUUAAACAAGGUGUCCCUAGUAAGAUAACAAAGCCUCUCUGAUUUCUUUUCCCUCUGUAGUUUAAUAGAUUUGUUGACUAGUGCUUGAGCACAGUAUGAAUCAGUGUUAUUUGCUCUUGAAGCCACUUUUUUUUAUUUCUGGCAGUGAACAGAGUUGUUGAAUUUAUCAUGUGCGUGUAUUACUGAAGUCAGCUUUUGCAGCAGAUUAUUUCAUGAGAUUCUGUUUACCCAGAUGUUCAUGUUGGUUGCUGCAGAAUGGUAAAUAUGAAAUAAAAUUACUUGAUUAAUCUUAA